AUGUUGAACUUGAAUCCCGAUCAAAAUCUCAUUCUCGAUCUUGACUCCACUAGAUACAAUGAAACCCUAAGGCCGAUGAUUGAAUGUUUGAAGUACUCGCCUCUUGCACAAGCUCUUACCAUGGUAGAAUCUAUUCCAAUGGUUCAUCUUUCUAAGGCAUAUUCUUUUGCCACUUACAUUCAAGCAUAUGAAAUCAUAAUCUCCGAGGUUGCGAUGAGCAGGACCUCAAUCAACAAAGCCCGUUUCUGCAAAAUGAUAGGUCUUGAUUCAUCUGAAUACCUUGUGGAUCCAGACUUGAUUUCCUCUAUAGAUCCCAUUAAUAUGUUUUACCAGAUAGGUUACAUUUGGGAUAUCUCAUUGUUGUCCAAGUUUAGGAAGCCCAAUAUUCCUCCAGUGUUGAACGAUCUAUUCGCGUUGACGUUCAAAGGCUUUCUGAACACUUCAUAG